AUGAUGUACAAAACCCACUGUCAGUGUGUACUUGACAACGCUAUUAAUGGCAAUUUUGAGGAGGUAAUAUUAUAUUGCAACCAUAAUUAUUUAUAUACUUUAUAACACUACAACAUUUGAAUGACUGUACCUUAUUUUUUCUAGAUUCAACACUUUUUACUACACUUUUGGCAAGGAAUGCCAGAUCAUCUCCUUCCUCUUCUGGAAAACCCCAUAAUCAUAGAUAUAUUCUGUGUUUGUGAUUCCAUCCUUUAUAAGGUAGGCUGUUUAGAGUGAGUAUAAAAAUAUUGAGUGCCAUUACACACCUUUAAUUAUGGAGUAUGUCAUAUUUAAAAUAGAUCUUUAUUUUUAUUUAGGUCCUUACAGAUGUACUCAUACCAGCAACAAUGCAAGAAAUGCCAGAGAGGUAAAAUGUUUUUGUUCAGUUAUUUGCAGUUAUUGCACACACAAAGAAAUAUUUUUGUUCUGGGAGUAUACAGGGUUAAACAUUAAGGAGUUAAUUCUAUGUACACUAAAUUGCAGUGCAUUUAAAACCAAUUCGCUAAAUUUAGCAGAAACUGUUUCACUUAUGUUUAAAGGGACACUAUAGUCUCCAGAACAACUACAGUUUAAGGUUGUUGUUCUGGUGAGUAUAAACAUUCCCUGCGGGCAUUUUUAAUGCAAACACUGUAUUUUCAAUGUUUACAUUGCCCUCCAGGGACACCUUCAGUGGUCACUCCUCAGAUGGCCACUAGAGGUGCUUCCUGGGGCGGUGCUGCACACUGUGCAACAUUGCCGUUCAGCAUCUGCACACUCUGCAUGGAGACACUGAACUUUCCUAAUAGAGAUGCAUUGAUUCAAUGCAUCUCUAUGAGGAGGUGCUGAUUGACCAAGCAGGCGUUUUGCCCUACCUCAGUCCCACCUCCAUGACGAUUUCAGCUAGACCGAUGUUUUCUCUAUGGGACAGCAUUGACUGAAAUCAUAAAUUCUGAUUUAGUAAGCAAGGAGGUGGAUUGGAGGCAUGGCCAGCGCCAACAGACUUGUGCGGCACUGAAGAUAAGGUACGUUUGAUUACCUUUUAAGGGGGAAAAGGUGGGGCAAGCUACUUAAUGGUGGUUUUAACACUGUAGGGUCAGGAACACAUGUUUGAUUAGACUUCAUGGGUCAUGAAGAUAAUACAAUCUUAUUAACAUAUGAAACUAAUAUAAUUUAAUGAUUCCAAUAAAAUGUCAGCAUUAAAUAUAAUAAUUCAGAGAUUUCUACUCAAUGUCCAUUUCCAUCCAUUCACUUAAUGUAAAUAUAAAUGCUUGAAUUGUUUAUUAGUUUGCUAGCAGAUAUAAGAAAUUUUGCUAAACACUGGGAACAGUGGAUUAUUUCAUCCUUGGAAAACUUGCCGGAUCCUCUUUCAGAAAAAAAACUGCCAAUUGUCAGAAGAUUUGUGUCAUCAUUGAAACGACAGACCUCAUUCCUACAUUUAGCCCAGGCAAGUUUUAUGUAGCAGGUCAACAUUUUUGUAACUUUUGUAUAUUGACUGCUUUUUACAUACCACACAGUAUUUCAAAUGAGCAAAGUGGUACACUUUAAUUUUAAGGGUGUGAGUGGGGGUGGGGCCAUGGGUGAGGCUGAGAAAUGUUGGGGUAUUUACUAAGAACAAUUCAUGCAAAUUCAAGGUAAUUUAGAAGAAGAACAAUGUACUUUAUUUACACAUUAUUGCAAGUAUUAUAGCUGUGGAAUUCGGUUAUACACUCAGACACAACAACAAUAUAGAGCUCCUAGAAAAGAGGAACAUUAGCAUAGAAAAGAUUGACAGAGGAAUUGGGCUUAAAAAGGGGCUGUCCCUCAUAAAUAGGGACACUUGGGUCAUAUUUCAUAUGUAUUUCACUCUCCCUGAGUAAAAACACUGGUAAAUCAACCCCAGCAUUGUUAAACUAAACUUUGUUGUAGUAGUUUUUAAAAAAACAAUGUUACCAUAGAACUUUCUCCAAAUAUGCUGGAGGAUGUCUAGGCAUGAAUUACCUCCUGGGGAUUUAAUAUACUCCAUUUCACAACUAUCACCAUAGACUAUUUUAGUUUUUUCAUUCAGUGAACUGUCUGGUGACAUUUAAACAUAGUGGAGUACUAGACUCUACUCCUGGAAUUGUAAUAUGCCCCCUGACUUGUUGGUAUCUGCCAAUUGUACUAAACCUCUGACCCAGUGAGAGAUCCUGUCCUUUCAACAACAUAAAUUAAUAGAUGCAUCUAUUUGUAAAAGCAUAACCACUUUAAAGAGGCUAAACUCCAUCAUGUCUUACACUUGAGGGGUUGCACACCGUUUUAAGUAACAGAGUAUUAGACAGAUGUUAUUUAAUAGCCCCCAUCCACCUCCAUAAAAUACUGUCCUGAUGACAGUAAGGUAGGUGAUCUUUGUUUAUAAUGAAGAUCACCUAUAUCCUAAGGGGACAAGAGACUAAUCAUUUGAAAGAGCAGGCAAUGUCCUUUCAAAUGAUGAGUACUAUAUAAUAUAGGUUAAAAAGAGGGAGAUAGGGGCUCCGUUAGCCUGUCUACCUCAAGGCAAACAUUUUUUUUGCAUAGUCUGCAAGAGAUCACUGAUAUUAUUAUUAUUAUUUAUAUAGCGCCAACAAAUUCCGCAGCGCUCCUCUGCAACUUAGUGGGACAAGAGACCACGUCUAAAGGGCAAACAGGCAGGGCUUUUCUCACUCUCUAGAUGAUGUGGGAAUGGAGAAAUUAGCUGGGGAAAAUAUUUUCUCUUUUCUCUCCCCACACACACCAAUGUAAUGACGAAAUUACAUCGUUGCAAAGCAUUAGGGGCAUCCUUAAUUAGUAUAAUGACGAGUAAUCAUCUGAUUACCUCAUUGGAACAUUUAAUCAUUCUCUGUAUUCCAGAACCUCUGCACGUGACAACACAGAGUAAUCCACUGCAGUGAAGGGAUUAAUGCACCAACUGUUUUAUGAUCUAAGUCUCAGGUUUACAUGUUUAAUUUCACACAAUGCCAAUUAGGUUUUUCAUUAUGGGUUCUCUAAUCUUAUCUGUAGUACAGGACAUCGAUGUAAAUACUGUAUACCCAAUAUGUUUAAUCUGGUAAAACAUUUUCAUUAUAUCAAACGGAGAACAACAUUUUAUAGAAAGAAAGAUCUAUGUUUUCCUUUAUAAAAAAUGAUUUGUAAAUAUUAAUUGCUACUCUAAUAUUUCUCUCUUAGUUGUCAAAAUUAAAGAGGAACCAUCACUUUUCCUCGUUUCUUUUUACAGUAAAUGCUUUUGAAGUAUUUAACUGGAUAAGGAGUGCAGUGGUAGUAAGUAUAAAACACACUUACCUCCACAGUACCUCUAUCCCAGACAGUACAUCAUAGUCAUGCUCAAUUACGUUCAAGCAACUCACAAAUGGAGUAUCAGUACACUAUGGAAGUAAUAAGUUCAUCUCUUCUUAAGUGCGGUAUACAUGCAUGCAUCUUCAAGGCAAGUGCACACAGAGCACAAUAGUAGUCACACUAAUUUACAUCAUAUGUUCUGGCUGUUCCAGCACUACUUGACAUACAAUGUAGAUUAAGAAAAUAGCAACCAUCACAAAAUAACCUAAACCUUCACUACAUUGUAGUUCUGAAAACAACAUCAUGUUACAAUAACUAAACAAAGUGUGACUUGUGGGGAAUCCAGGGUAAUUGAAAUGGAAAUAGCCAAAAUGAAAAGAAAGCUUUUAUGAAAAAUCUUUCUAAUUUGGUUAUUUAAACUUUAACUCAAUCUGAAUUUACUUUCAGUUACUGGCAAGUAGAGAUGUCGCGAACCGUUCGCAAACUUCCCACGAACGGCUCGCCACGGUUCACCACGAACGGUUCGUGGCGAACCGUGGCGAGCCGUUCGCGAGAAGUUCGCGAACGGUUCGCGACAUCUCUACUGGCAAGUCAAACUUAGUAAGUUACCCAGUAUGUGCGCUCUAUGAUUUUCCUCUUUCUGUUCUUUAUUUCCAACGUUUCCCUAAAUACAUUAAUUGUCUACCAUCUUUUAACAAAACCAUUUCAUGACAUGUGACUGAUACAGAUUUUGUUAUGUUUUAUAUGUUCUAGAUAGCACGCCCAGCCCUGUUUGAUCAAAAUGUAGUAAACUCCAUGACAACCGAUAUAGAGAAAGUUGAUUUGUACAGCAUUGGUUCACAAGCUCUGCUUACAAGCUGCAGUGGUGCUGACUCUGACUGUGAUGUCUACACUGAGUGUAAGUUCAUGUUCUGUCUUUAACAUGAAAAGCUCUAGAACGCAACAGUGUUUUUUUCCCCUCUAAAUUUAUUCUCGAUAAAUGCAGCAAUUUCUCAUUUUGUUUCAAGAUAUAGUCUACAACUGUGGCAUUAUAAGUGAAACUGGAAAUUUUAUUUGAAUUAUUAUAUUAUUUGGAUAGCGUAUCUAACAAUAUUAAAUAUUAGAUAAAGUUGAUCAAAGUGUGAUCUCAUUUUCCUGAGGAUAUGGUUUACCUCUUCCAGAUAAAAUUAAAAUUAACACUUUUUAGAGACCAACCCUUUUCUUAGAAAAGAAAAAGCAAAAUGAUUGUCCUUUUUCAAACUAGUUAAAUAUGUUAGUGUAUAAGUAAAGUAUUAAAGAACAGUAACCUCAAGUCAGACUCCCUCAUCCCUGUGUGUUGCAUUAGGCAACCCAGAUUUUACACAUUUUCUUAUAAGUAAAGUAUGUUCAAUAGUAGAAGCAAAAUUAUGUGCAAUGCCUAAUGUGACUUAUAUGCAUAUUUCACUAAAGUGGGAAUUGUUGGGAAUUCAACAUGAAUUUCAAAUUUAAGUAGCCAAACUGGUAGCACAGCUGACUUGGAGAAUUUGCCCACUUUGGCUAUUUUGGCUUUAAAUUUGCAAUCCACUUUGAAUUCCUGACAGCUCUCACUUUAGUGAAUACAUCAGUUUCACUAUUAACUUUAAAAAAUAUAUUUUUAUGUUGAAUUUUGGUUUAUCUUAAACUUUAAAAUAAUCUAAAAUGCACAUUGUCACAUGCAAUGCUUAUUAAAUGAACACCUGCAGUGAAUUAUCCAUUCUCAAGCGGUUUAACCCCAAAUGUUUCCUCUGAUGCCUGGUCUCCAGUUCCCACAAAUUGAGGAGUUUCAGGAAGUUUGCAGAGCACAUCUGAUUGGAUAGAGUGGUCAGAUAACCCUCUAAGUCAACCAGUAGCUCCCCAUUCAUAAAAAAGUGUGUGCAAUCAUAAUAAUUGAUAGUAAUGUUGAGCUUUUUACUGGCAAGCACUUCCUUUUCCAUCCAAAUGAAGAUGGAACAUGCUCUGAGCCACUGUGACAAUUAUUAGUAUCAGAAAUAUCUGUGUGUAGUCUGUCAUGACAUCAUGUCAAUCCAAGAAGUAGUUGGAACUUUAAACCACUACAUGAUCCAUCUGAUUAAUCUGAUCAUCGAUUGUCUGAAAUUCAAAGUGAAUAACAAAUCGGAAGUCGUGUAUGCUUCCCGUUCAUGUACUUUAACCUUAAAUUUGGAAUUCACUUUUCCAACAAUUCUCACUUUAGUGAAUAACCCAGUUCACUGAACAAAACUAUGUAGCAUUUUACAUGUUAAUCUACCGUUUCUGCCUCCUCACCUUCCACCUUCUACAAUACUCUCUUCAUGGUAUUUAACAAGCCUAUAAGCAUCAUAUCGCAGCCAUGGGCAUCCGCAGAGGGGGACAAAAAAUCCCCCCCUGGAUUUUUCAACAUGCCAACUCCCCACAGCCAAUUUUCCCUUGGACUGUGACAGCUCAAUCUGAGGAAAAGAAGGAGGGAGGUACUGAGGGCUGAAGGGAUGAUGUGCUAAGGGCUGUAUUUAAGUUACCAGGGGGCCGGAGGGUACACUGUGAGGUUCCCUUCCGAAUCUCCAGCAAUUUGGUGCCUCUAUGCUCUGCCCCCACAUUCAGACUAUGCCUACUGUAUUGAAGCCCCACCCCCACACUCACACGCCGGAAGGAAGAGGACAGACUUCGCCUCACAGUCUCCCACAACAGUCUUUGAUGGUAGGCUUCAGGCCAUGACAGUGAUUGAUUUUGUGUGUGUGCCUGAUAGUGAGUGAGCUUGUGUGUGUGUGUGUGUGUGUGCCUGAUAGUGAGUGAGCUUGUGUGUGUGUGCCUGAUAGUGAGUGAGCUUGUGUGUGUGUGUGCCAGAUAGUAAAUGAGCUUGUGUGUGUGUGUGUGUGUGUGUAUGUGUGCCUCAUAGUGAGUGAGCGUGUGUGUGGGCCUACUUGUGAGUGACCGUGUGUGUGUGUGUGUGCCUGAUAGUGAGUGAUCUUUGAGUGUGUGUGCCUGAUAGUGAGUGAGCUUGUGUGUGUGCAUGUCAGUGAGAUUGUAGUGAACAUGUGUGUGUCAGUGAGCUUGUCUGUGGUGAGAAUGUGUCAGUUAGCUUGUCUGUAGUUGUGUGUGAGUUUGUAGUGAGCAUGUGUGUGUCAGUGAGUUUAUCUUUAGUGAGCAUGUGUAUGGGUCAGUGCGCUUAAGUGUAAGCGUGCUUGUGUGUGUCAGCUAGCUUUUCUGUAGUGAGCAUGUGUGUGUCAGUGAGCGUGUCUGUAGUGAGCAUGUGUAUAUGUGUCAGUGAACUUCUCUGGUUUGAGCAUUUGUGUGUGUCAGUGAGCUUGUCUGUAGUGAGCAUGUGUGUGUGUGUGUGUGAGUUUGUCUGUAGUGAGCAUGUGUGUGUCAGUGAGGUUGUCUGUAGGGAGCAUGUGUGUGUCAGUGAGCUUGUCUGUAGUGAGCUUGUGCGUGUAUGAGUAAGCUUGUCUGUAAUGAGCAUGUGCAUGCAUGUCCAUUAGCUUGUGCGUGUUUCAGUUAGCUUGUCUGUAGUCAGCAUGUGUUUGUCGGUGAGCUUUUCUGCAGUGAGUAUGUGUGUUUGUGUCAGCUAGCUUUUCUCAGUAAGCAUGUGUGUGUCACUGAGUUUGUCUGUAGUGAGCAUCUGUGUCAGUGAGUUUUUAUGUAGUGAGCAUGUUUGUGUGUCAGUGAGUUUGUAGUGACCAUGUGUGUAUCAGUGAGCUUUUUGUAGUGAGCAUGUGUGUGUGUCAGUGAGCUCUUGUGUGUGUGUGUGUGUGUGUGUAUGUAUGUCAGUGAGCUAGUCUGUAGGGAGCAUGUGUGUGUCAGUAAACAUGUCUGUAGUGAGCAUGUGUGUGUCAGUGAGCUUAUCUGUAGUGAGCAUGCGUAUGUGUGUGACAGUAAGUUUGUCUGUAGGAAAUUUGAGUUUGUAUACCAACAAGCUUGUCUGUAGUAACCUUGUGUGAAUGUCAGAGUUUGAAUGUGUGUGUACCAGUGAGCCUAUUUGUGUGUAUCAGUGAGCUUGUGUUUUUAUGUCAAUGUGUUUGUGUAUCAAUGAGAUUGUCUGUCUGCUUGUGUGCUUGUGUCAGUGAGAUUGUCUGUGUCUGCAUGUGAGUAUGCUUACUGUAUAAUUAAUUUUUUUACACUGACAGAACCAAUAUUUUGAAUUAGAAAACGAAGCAUACCAAUAAUAUAUACACACACACACACAUAUAUACAGACAAGUACUACAUGCAACAAUGACUUUUGGGGCUGGCAUACAAGUUUUUUCCAAGGCUGCUUUGUAUCCCCAGUCCAGCCCUGCAAGAAGCAUGUGCCAGCUUACCUCUUCCUUCUAGUGUGGCUGAGCCAUGUACUGGGGUAGAGUUGCUUUUGUUUCCCCCUACCCAGUCUAACAGGAAGUUGUUCAGCAAUCCCUGCGUGCACUUUCUGUCAAACAGGCUAGGGGAAGCUGAAGCUCCUCUCCCACAGUCCACAGCUCAGUCACGCUACAUGCCCUGACCGGCAGGAGAAGAGCGCUGUACUGUGUGCUCCCCUCCUGCUGGUCACCCAGAGACUGCAUGCUCUGGACCAAUAUGCCAUAAGACAGCUGCAUGUGCUGCCUUAUGGUAGCACCAGCCCAGAAUAUGAUAGAGGCACAAUUCAAAUUGGCUUAAGGACACUAAUUUAGACUUAGGUUACUCAGCUGAUACUAGUUGAUCUCAAUGGUUUUAUUUUUGGUUCCUAUAUUUCCUGAACAUCUAAUUGGUUUUCUUAUAACGCAUCACUGAUUGAAUAUAAUUCAGUGUACACAUCUUGUGACUUGAUAAGCUGUUGACAUUUAUUUAGACCACUAAUUCCACAGUUUCUCAUGUUUUUACAGUGUUUCAAGAGCUGAAAGACCUAUUAAAGAAAAAUGCCACAGUGGAAUCUUUUAUAGAAUGGCUGGACAAUGUUGUAGAGCAAAGAGUAAUUAAGGUAACUGCAAUAUUUUAUUUAAAAAAUGAUCAAUGUUGUGAACAGAACAGAUCAAAGGACUUUCAAAAUACACAUGCAUUUUGGUGACAAAUAAAACAAAAAACAUGGAGUGAAAGAACUCCUGCUUAUAAGAAUAUACAAUAAAAUGUUUAGCAUAUUAAACUAAUGAUGAUUAGAAAAGAUGGUGUCUUAAUUAUUCAAAACUGUUUAAAAACCUUCAUAACUUUUGCUAUAAUUUUUACAAAAGUAUAAGCAUCUGUUAACUACAUAGUGAGAUAAGUUGCAAACGUUAGGCCAAAGUAGCCAUUUUGAACCCAAAACACACCUUUUAUUUAUAAUCGUUUAAAUUAUCGUUUAAAUAAUCGUUUAAAUAAUCCCACAGAUUCGCUAUUUUAGUGUUCUUGAUGUAAGGUUAAAACUUUUUUCUUUGUAUUAAGAUAUUUUACAGUAUGACUCUGAUUGUAUUUUUAGGCAAGCAAGCAAAACGGAAAGUCUUUGAAGAAGAGAGCUCAGGAUUUUCUGUUGAAAUGGAGUUUCUUUGGCGCUCGUGUUAUGCACAAUCUGACUCUGAACAAUGCAUCAAGUUUUGGUAUUAUUUUAUUAUAAACAUAUAUAAUACUAGUAACUUAUUUUAUAUUUCCCAGAUAUGGCAUAUAUACCACAACAAUGUUUUUGUAAUUCAAAAAAAAAUAAAUAAUGAUCUAAAUAUCUACAAUUCUAAAUGCUUAUAAUAGCAUAUAAAGGCUUUUAACAUGUAGGGAUCAUUUUGGAAUCAUUAAGAAAAACUUUGGAAAGUAAUAUUUUUAAAAUCCCCAUCUCCUUUCAAUUGAGUUUCUAUAGUGUCUAUUCACUAUUAUCUUUACAAUGAGAAAAAAGUAAAUAUACUCAGAGCAACCAACUCAUUGUGAGGUAAUAUGCUUUCUCUUGGGAUAGUCAUGUCUUACUUUCAUCAGUAGGCUCUUUGAUCUACUUUGUAUACCAUUAGACAGUAAAUAUACUGAACCAUGUGAGUAAUGUAUCUACAGAUUAGACAAGGAACACAGAAUCUAACCCAUGUUGGAUUUGGUAGGUCAUUUAAAGUUCAGCAUUUAUUUAUUUGCUUCUCCCAAUGUUAAGAGAUGGUCACUUGAUAAGAAAAUUACACUCUCUCUCUUUUUGACCCUUUAAAGGGCAACGUAUAACAAAUUAUACAUGUGUGUGCCAGUAUGAUAACAGGAUCAGGGACCAAGCAAACACAGAUGGCAGUGACAAAGCAGUUGAGUAGAAGGGAACCAUUAAAUUGAUGCCAGGGUAGAUUUAAUAAGAUUAGCUGGGGAUCAGAGUUGUUUUUGUCAAUAGCAGGUACACAAAAUGGGUAGUUGGGUAAUAGGUGUAUGCGAUGGAUGAUAGUAAAUAAAAAAAAUGGUUGGUUAUAGGCAUGAAAUGAUUAGCCAUUUUACUAAUCUAAAAAUAUAUAUUUUAUAUAUACCUAUAUUUGAAAAACAUUUCCUAAGCAAAGGAUCCACACUUUGUCGAUGGUAUGCAACUAUGUUUGAGUACAGCACAGGGUCCUCAUUUCCUUGCUAUGCUUCAGGUAAUACCCAAAUAAUUAAGUGAUGUCUGUUGUCUGUUUUGUUGUAGGUUCAUUCCACUUAAUCCGCAUGCUACUUGAUGAAUACAUAUUGCUUGCAGUGGAAACACAAUUUAAUAAUGACAAAGAACAAGAGCUUCAGAAUUUGCUGGACAAGUAUAUGAAGAAUGCAGGUAAGCUGACAAUGCACACCAAAUGUUUUUUGCCCCUUCAAAAUAAAUUAAAACUCGCAUCAUUUUUACAAGCUAUCACUCAAAUUUUAUUUAGUGAAUAAAGUUUUUAUGACACAUAACACUUGUAGAACAGAAAUCCCUUUAUAUUUAUAUAACAUUUUCACCAUCUUUGUCCGUACAUUAAGAACAUCACCCACAAUUUCAUACGUCCUCCACAUUUAUUUUCCCUUAAUUUAUGAUUUUAUCUCAUAACUCAUCCUAUUUUCUUCAUCUUCUACAUUCAUCUUGUCUCUAUAUUCAUUACAUAUGUCUCCCAGUUAAUUUGAUGGAAACUCUAUCUUAUAGUGUUCACCUUUAUUUUAUAUAUCUUAUUUGAUUUCAUCCACCUAAUCUUUACAAUAUGUUUAUUAAUUCUAUCUUCUCUCACACAUGUAUUUAUUUAAUCUCUUUUUUAAUAUUUAUCCUCAAUUUGUAAUGCACUUUUCACUCUUGAAAACUAUUCUUCCAGUAAUUAUAUGCUCAUUUUCUGUCUUUUUUGAGUAUCUUUAAGCAUUUCCUUGAAGAUUUCAUUUCUACGUCUAUUAUUUAGAAAACCACAAAUGUGUUUUCAUAAGGAGAGGGGGAGAAGGGUUGGAGGCUAGAUUUAAAGGGUGAGGUAACAUAAACUUCUAAUCCCCCAAAUUGCUAUACACAUGUCUAAAACAGAUAUCCGAGACACCUCACCAUUUCAGGAUAGAAAGAUUGACAAAAGGAAAAGAACACAACAAGGGAAAAGGUGCUUUAUGGGGAAUUAGGGCAAAAAUGCUGGUGGAUAAGGAACAAUUGAAGAAAGAGUAAGGAGAAAAAAAAUGUUAAAGGAGAAUUAAUCCAAAAAAGCUUAAAAAGAAGGAGAAAAUCACAAAGGAGAAAAAUAGAAAAGGGAACAGAGACUGGGUGUGUCCCAUUCAUUUUAGUUUUGACUUAUUUGUUAAGAUGAAUUUUGUACACACAAGCAUAAUCAGUCAGUAUGUGAGAAAACAGGAAAGGCUUUUAUCAUUCCAGCCGCCUCCUAGUUUUAAGUCUGUGAUAAUGCACAUCGAGACAUUUAACAAAAUGUUUCUUUUAAUUUUAGAUGCAAGCAAAGCAACAUUUACAGCUUCACCGAGCUCUUGUUUUCUUGCAAGUCGUAAUAAAUGUGGCAUUCUUUCAAAUAACCCUGCAGUCAAAAAUGAGUGCCUUCAAGAUCCGACCUACGCAAGUCUUUCAUCGGACCAGCUUGUUCAUGGUUUGCAGUCUUUUGCACAAGGAGAUAAUGAAAACAACCAACUUUCAGGUAAAAUGCAAAGCGAAAUAGUCACGUGGGAGGGUACGGAAACAAACUGA